GAAAAUCCAGCCGGAUUUCUAGCAGCUUUUUUUUCUCUUUAACCAAGCACAAUCUAUAUUUCCAUUAUCUAAAAGAAAACUUUCCUCACAAGAUAUUCACGACCACCCCCGCUUGAAAGAUGUCUCGCUGCACGUCCAAGAUGUCCGGCGGUGUUGCCCGCGCCAACCUGGUCGACCACGGCGUCCUGCUGAAGCCGGUGAGCUGCAACCCCUUCCUUGGGGCCGUCCACGACGGCACUAGCACCGGCUACAUGCAGGGCUACGCUGCGAAGCCGAUCCACUGGCUCUACCGCUUCCGCCACAACCUUCUCCCGCAGGGCAUGGCCACCGGCUUCUUCUCCCGCAACCCGUACGGCCGCUACGUGCACUGGCUCGAGGUGAGCACGAUCGAGAAGAUACGCCUGCAAUUGCAGACGAUGGAGUCGAUGCCUUGCUCCGUCGUGACGUCGAUCGUGGUGAUGUACACCCUGUGGUUCUCCUACCGCCUCACCUUCCUGCACCCCGAUAUCACCCUCUACAACCUCGGCCUCUGGCCCACCAAGCCGUGGGUGCAGCAGCAGCGCUUCAACAAGAAGAUCGAGCUGGAUCAGCCCGUCUACCGCUGGGUGCACCGCGUGCCGGAGUUCAUGGCGGUCGAUCCAGCCCGCGAGCUGUACAAGCUGAACGUGCAGGCCAACGAUCCGUACCUGGAGUACGUGCGUGGCAUGGGCCGUGAGAAGGAGCUCACCCUGUACCCGUCGGAGCGCACAGGCGGCAAGGGUGACAUCCUCCCGCUGAACCUCCGCCACGAGGACCACAGCGGCCACCACCCCGGACCGCUGACCUCCAGCCAAGGUCUGUAA